AUGGGCAAAACGAUGCUCGCGCAUUACACCAAGAGAAUCAAAGAUGCUCCGCGCGAAGUGAUACUGAGCCCCGCCCUGCUUUUGUCUUGCGCGAUGUAUGCGACCGCGGCUAUUCCCCUGACAUGGGAUCAAGGGACGGCUUCCACCUUGCCCUCACUGGAGGGCUUUCAGAAGCAAUUCGGGAUCAGCUCUACGGCCGGGGCACACUCUACUAGGAAUUUCGUCUCCCUCGUGUACAUCGGUGACGCGGUCGGUGCAGCUCUAUCAUUCUUCAUAAACGAUCGCAUUGGAAGACUGUGGUCUUUUAGGUUAUAUACAACUGUUUGGAUCAUCGGGCAAUUGGUCGCAACAUUCAGUCCCAACUCCUCGGCACUAUACGCGUCGCGAAUCAUCUCAGGUCUGGGAAUCGGAUCGUUGAGCGUCACCGGUACUGUCUCGAUUGUUGAAUUGGCGCCGCCAGAGAUCCGCGGGCUGUUAGCAGCUUGGUAUACUGUUUCCAUGACUUUGGCUCUCAUGGUGGCGACGUUUUGCGUUUACGGUGUGCAAUUACAUAUCGGGGCGAGUCGACUGCAAUAUCAGGUAGUGAUGUUUUCUCCGUGUGUUUUCAUGCUACUUUGGAUUAUUGCUAGUUUCUUUCUCUGCGAAUCGCCGCGCUGGUUAGUGUUGUCUGGUCGGAAUGAAGAGGCUGCGAACGCGCUUGUUCGACUACGACGAUUGCCGCUUGAUCACGAUCGGGUCCAACACGAAUUUCGAAAUAUCGAAGAAUCGAUUCAGGCCGAAACCGCAGCUUAUGAUCCUGAUGAUCAUUCACCUUCCAAGAUUGUCAGUCUUGCCAAAGAAACAUUCACGGUCCCGUCCAACCUUCGUCGGCUUCAACAAGCCUUAAUUCUCUACGCCGUUCCGCAGUUCUCGGGCGGCAAUUCCAUCACGAAUUAUUUUAUUCCGAUAUUGAAAAUUGUGGGACUAGCUGGAUCUUCAUCCAGAAAUCUGUUUCUCAAUGGGAUGUACGCCAUGUCGAAGUUCUUCUUUGGCUUGAUCGGAUCAUUCUUCUUGAUCGAUGUUGUCGGUCGCCGAAACACACUCUUCGUUGGAAUUACUCUUCAGAUGAUAUCCGACAUCUACCUCGCCGCAUAUAUCAAGGUUCAGAAUGACGGAAGUCCGCCCGGAGCUGCGGGUGAGGCUGCUCUUGCGUCUAUUUUUAUCCACUCAUUCGGGUAUACUAUUGGCCUCCUAACUUUGCCGUAUGUCUUUGGUGGCGAGCUGUGGCCGAACCGAAUCCGAUCCUUUGGCGCCGCGAUCACACAGACUUUCCAUUGGCUGUUUCACUACUCGAUGACAUUUGCAUUGCCCUCGCUCCUUUCCCGAACACAUAAUUGGGGUGCAUUUGUGUUUUUUGCAUCUUGGUGCGCAGCGGCUAUCUUAUAUGUGUAUCUUCUUGUGCCGGAAAUUUCAGGACUUAGUGUCGAGGAGAUCGAACGCGUCUUUAGCGGGCCGUGGCGGCUCUUCGGUCGGCGAUCUGCAUUCCGCGAUGCUGGCUCUGUUAUUGAAGGGCGCGAGGUGCACCAUGAUGACGAGAAUCCGAAAGGGUCCCUCCCUGCUGUGAAAUCGAGUCAGCAGUCUCUCAAAGGCGAGUCGCACUCCUCCUAG